AUGGCUGACAAAGGCCGGGCUGGGUGGAAGGAAGGGAGGGCGGGCGAGGCAGAGGGUCCAAGGCAGGAUGACCGGCAGGGGCUCCACGGCGCCCCCGUGGCACUGCGGCUGGAUAUGGGGUUUAAAGAGGAGGCUCCGGUGCUGUGUGACUCCAGUGGGGGCCCUGCCCUCUCUGAGCACCCACCUCCAGGCCUGCGUGUUUCCGGGAGGUGGCUGUGGCGGGGGCGCCCCCGGGCGGGGGCGGGGCGAGGGCUGGGCCAGGGCUACAAGGGGAGUCGGCACCGCCCCCGCCCCACCCACUCCCGCUGCCCCGUCCGGCCUGCGCCGCUCGCUCACAGCCGCGGCUCCCGGCUCCGCGGCCGCAGCCCGCGUGGACGCUCCGAGCGCCCCCCGACGGACAGGACCGGCUCCCUGGCGGGCGGGCGAGCGGGCGGCCGCGCCCGGACGGCACCGCGGGGGUUAAGUGGCCCAAGUAAACCUAGUUCGGUGAUCGGCGCCGGAGAUUCGCUAGCCCAGCGCCUUGCGCGGCCGCCCGCCGGCCUCCCGCCCCAGCCCGCCCCAAUCCGCAGCCGCGCCCGAGCUAGCCCCGCGGCAGGCCUGCUGGGGCUUCUUGUUCACCCACCUUGGGAACGCCAGUGCGGACUUGAUUUUUCCAGAGUUGAGAUGAUGGUACUUACGUUUAUAGUGUUGGUAUACAUGUUCGCUAUGACAAACGGGACUGCAGUGACCUUGCACAGAAGACUUGGCGAGAGCUUUGAGCUGAGUGGUUUCUGAGCAGUAGAAUCCUGUGUAACAGGGUACAGACAUUAGGCAUUUUAGACGACACUGUCAGGAUCACCAUCUCAAAGGCUGAACCAGCAUUGCUGCUGUGUAGGUAUUUAGACUUAAGAUCACUAAAUACAGUGUAGAUAUUUAGACUUGAGAUUUAAGGCAUUCUUAGUUGAAGCCACAGGCGCGGCCCACUGUGAGGGAGGGGCCAAGGUGAGGGGAUCUGUUUCCAGAACAUUAUCCUCCUUUGCCCCCUUCAGAGGUGACAGAGAGCUUUGGACUCUGGUUUUGUCAAGGGGUAGGUGGCCACAGGAAGUGGGUAUGGCAGUGUCUAGGAUUCUGCUGUUUUUUUUUCUAGAUGGAAUUUUGCUCUGUUGCCCAGGCUGGAGUGCAGUAUUGUGAUGUUUGCUCACUGCAACCUCCGCCUCCCAGGUUCAAGCAAUUCUCCUGUCUCAGCCUCCUGAGUAGGCUGGGACUACAGGUGCAAGCCAACACGCCUGGUUAAUUUCUGUAUUUUUUAGUAGAGAAUGGGUUUCACCAUGUUGGCCAGGUUAGUCUUGAACUCCUGACCUUGUGAUCUGCCCUCCUUGGACUCCCAAAGUGCUGGGAUUACAGGCAGGAGCCACCACGCCCUGUCUAGGCUUCUGCUUCUGUGCUGCUCCUUAUUCUCUGAGUUACCACUGACCACUCCAUGGGGCUGCCAUACCCUUCAGGUGAUUCUCAAAGUGGGUGCAGGGGAAGGGGCUGGGUGCUUGUAUUAUAUGUAUAAAGGGCAAAAAGUUCAGACUCAGGCUGGGCGCGGUGGCUCAAGCCUGUAAUCCCAGCACUUUGGGAGGCUGAGGCGGGUGGAUCACGAGGUCAAGAGAUCGACACCAUCCUGGUCGACAUGGUGAAACCCCGUCUCUACCAAAAAUACAAAAAAUUAGCUGGGCAUGGUGGCGCGUGCCUGUAAUCCCAGCUACUCAGGAGGCUGAGGCAGGAGAAUUGCCUGAACCCAGGAGGCGGAGGUUGUAGUGAGCCGAGAUGGCGCCAUUGCUCUCCAGCCUGGGUAACAAGAGCGAAACUCCGUCUCAAAAAAAAAAAAAGUUCAGACUCUACAGUUAACUGUCAUAGCUUUUCAGAUCUUUAUGCUCCUAGGUUUUUUUUCCCUGUUGCUUAUCUAAAAGGUAAUGGUAUAGGUUUUUAUUCCAAUGCACUGACAAACAUCUGACUGUAUUUGGGUGUCAUGAACAGCCCUCCAAGGGGUAUGCUUCAUGCAGCCCUCCAGACUCCACUUUUCUAUAUUCUUUCACUUCCGCGCACUCUCUCUCUCAGGUUGAAUGAGACAUCUACGUUGGUGGUCUUGGGGACUCCCGCUGGUCGGUAGUCCCCCGGCAGACGUGCCGGACCCCGACAUAUGCUCAUAGCCACUUGUCUGCUUUCUCCCUACUUGGACACAUUUCUUUCUUUUUUUUCUUGCACUGACCAAUUUGCCAAACACAUUCUGAAUUGUGGAGGGUGACAGGGUGGAUACUUCUUGAUUGGCCUUGUGGGUUGGUGUUGGCAGGGAGCAAGAUGGCACAUGAGAAUAAGUGACUUCAGGUGUCAUGCCUGUGUCAUCUGUGUAGGGGUUCUUGGCACCAACUUCCUAGUGAAUCAGGUGUGUUACUUUAUUUCACGGAUAACAAAACUAGGGUUUGAGAAAAAUAAUGGGAGUUUUUUGUUUUUUGAGACAGGGUCUUGGGCUGUUGCUGGGCCUAGAGUAUGGUGGCGUGACCAUAGUUUACUUUAGCCUCAAUCUCCCAGGCUCAGGUGAUUGUUCCCCAUCAGCCUCUGAGGAGCUGGGACUACAGGCAAGUAGCUGGGACUACUGUGUUGGGACAUGCCAACACAGUCAGCUAGUUUUAAAAAAUAUUUUAAUAGAGGAGAGGUCUUGCUGUGUUGCCAGACUGGCGCUGAACUCCUGAGUCUGAGCUCAAGCCUUGGCCUUCCAAUGUGGUGGGAUUACAGGUGUGACCACUGUACCCGGCAGCCUUUUUUAAAACUGCUUUCCUGUAAAUCUGAUGUUUUCUGCAAUUGAGGGUAAGUUCCUUAUCAGACAAAAGUACAGAACUGGGGCCUUGUUUUCCGUCACGAGUUCUGCCACCGGCAGUGUAGACAGCCCGCCUCUGGCCCCCUUUUCUUUGGAUGUGCUGCCCUGCUGCCUGGAUCCUUCCCUCUCCCAGCUUCACCUAGGUUUGGUCUCCCUCCUGGGCUUAAACUUUACAGCUACUUACUCCAUUGUUUUGUGGUGACUUUUUAAAAUCUUUUUUAGAUUCAAGGAGUACAUGUGCUUGUGUGUUGCAUGGGUAUACUACUUACCGGUGGGGAUUGGGCUUCUGAUGUACCCAUUACAAAUGGUGACCAUUGUACCUGAUAGGUAAUUUGUCAGCCCUUGCUCCUUCUCAUCCUCCCCUCUUUUUGGAGUCUCCAGUGUUGAUUAUUUCCUUUUUCGUUUUUGUUUUUGAGAUGGAGUCUCGUUCUUACCGCCCAGGCUGGAGUGUCUUGGCACCGUCUCAGCCUCACUGCAGCCUGCUCACUGCAACCUCCGUCUCCUGGGUAAAAGUAAUUCUCCUGCCUCAACCUUUUGAGUAGCUGGGAUUACACGGACCUGCCACCACACCCAGCUAAUUUUUUUUUGAGACACAGUCUCGCUCAGGCUUCAGGCUGGAGUGCAGUGUCGUGAACUCGGCUCACUGCAAGCUCUGCCUCCUGUGUUCAAGCAAUUCUCCUGCCUCACCCUCCCGAGUAGCUGGGACUACAGGCACAUGCCACCACACCCAGCUAAUUUUUGUAUUUUUAGUAAAGAUGGGGUUUCACCAUGUUGGCCAGGAUGGUCUCGAUCUCUUGACCUCGUGAUCCGCCCACCUCAGCCUCCCAAAGUGCUAGGAUUACAGGUGUGAGCCACUGCGCCUGGCCACUAACUUUUUUUUUUUUGGUAUUUUUAUAGCGAUGGGGUUUUGCCAUGUUGGCUGGGCUGGUCUCCAACUCUUGGCCUCAAGUGAUCUGCCCACCUCCGCCUCCCAAAGUGCUGGAAUUACAACUGUGAGCCCAGCCUCAUUUUUGUAUUUUUAGUAGAGACAGGGUUUCACCAUGUUGGCCAGGCCAGUUGGAACUCCCAACCUCAGGUGAUCCACCUGCCUCUACCUCGGAAAGUGCUGGGCUUAUAGACUUGAGCCACUGCACCUGGCUCUAGAUUUCUCUAACUUAGCUGUGGAGAUGGAAUUUUUAUUUAUUUUGUCUUUAAAUUAAUACUCUCCACUGAAUGUAGAAUUUUAAUUUUUAAUUUUUACUGUACCCCAGGGGGACGGGCAGAUACCAAAGUGACCCCCCUUCCUGCAUUGUGUGGUUUAAUUAAUGCAAUUAACAUUUACGAAGUGCUGUGAAACAGCUCUGCUGCUAGUGUCAGCCUGGAGGAAAUGAGUGACAUCAGUUCUCAGCGUUAUUGCUGGGUUGGGGCAAGUCCCUGAGCCUCCUCUGAGUCUAAUUGGGGGUGCCACCUACCCCUCUGUCUGCCACAUUGCAUUUGAGCACAUCUGACCUGGUUCAGUCAGGGCACAGGCACCCUGCACUAAUGAGAAAGGCCCCUGGGGGAGAACCUUGCGGGUGGGCCCACCCAGGGCUGCUCCCAUCCCAGAAUCACACACUGGACCCCAGCCUCUGGGAAAGGGUCAGAGUUCACCUCUCAUCACAAGGUUAGGCAGCUGCCUCCUGUGAAGGGAAACGCCCAGCUGGUGUAUCAUGUCUCAGCCAUGAAGCUCCCUUCAUCCUUGGGAUGGGUGAUGCAUUGUUCGUAACUCCUGUAAUUCUUGUCUGUCUCGGUUAUGGCAGUUCCAGGCACGUGCCCUGGACUGCCUGGGCAUGAGAUUUGGCACUGCCACUUUGCUGGGUGACCUAACUCAUCUGAACCUGUUGAAGGUAGGGAGAUAAUAAGACCUACCCCAGGAUAGAUGGGGGUUAAAAGAGGUGGUAGACAGGCCAGGUGCGGUGGCUCACGCGUGUAAUCCCAGCACUUUGAGAGGCCGAGGCAGACAGAUCACCUGAGGACAGAUGAAUCAUGAAGUCACUGAGGUACAAAGAAAGAAGUGGGGGAGACUGAGUGUGGUGGCUCAUGCCUGUAAUCCCAGCAGUUUGGGAGGCUGAGGCGGGUGGGUCACGAGGUCAGAAGAUCGAGACCAUCCUGGCUAACACCGAGAAACCCUGUGUCUACUAAAAAUACAAAAAAAAAAUAACUGGGCGUGGUGGCCCAUGCCUGUAGUUCCAGCUACUUGGGAGGCUGAGGCAGGAGAAUCGCUUGAAACUGGGAGGCGGAGGUUGUGGUGAGCUGUGAUUGCACCACUGCACUCCAGCUUGGGCAACAGAGCCAGACUCUUGUCUCAAGAAGAAAAAAAAAGCGGGGGAGAUUUGUAUCUGCCAUUACACAUCUGAUGUUCAUUUCUCUUGUCCUGAUUCUAAGAACAUAGUUACAUUUGUGUGUUAUGUAGCUUCCCUAUAUAUUAAUCAAGGAGGUAUGUUAAUCUCUGUCUCGGUUUCUCCAUCUGCAAAAUAGGAGUAAUAGUACCUACAAUAUUGAAAGAUUAAAUGAUCUCAGAUAGGUAAAGCAGAAAACAGUGCCUGGCACAUACUAAGCACUGAAAAACAUACGACCUUAUUAUUGGUGGGGGAUUAAUAUAUUUAUAUACAUAGGAGAAAGAGCCUAGGAGCAAAGCUUUUAUUCCUGGAUUUGGAGCUGUGGGUUUUGAAGUCUGAAAUAGGAAGCAGGAGGUAUAGGGAGUUGGGGAGGGCUUCCAGGCUGAGAGAACACAGCAGCACAUGCCUCAAGGCUAGAUUGGUUUGGCCUGUGUAUAGACUGAAGGAGGGUGGGGGAGGAAUUGAUCUGGGCAUCAUUCAGUCACGGGUUCUGAAGCUGGUGCGCACUGUCUAUACAGCUGUGGCUGUAAGGCAUUGAGGGUAAUUUCACCGCAAAUACAGGGUCAUGAUAAAAACAACGAAUUUUAAAUAAAAUCACAUUAAAUUAUGCAAUGGGAAGGAAGCGUUUGUAAGUGCUCAGCUCGCUCCUGGGGGGCACCCAGGUAGAUGAUGCCAUUUAUAGUGCCCACAGGUCUUGUUCUAGGCAUUUAAACCUUUUCCUGAAUGUUGAGAUGGGGUUUGGAGGGUGCACUGCCCACACAUUGGGUAGGCUGGUGGCCAGUUGGCACUGCUGAGGCCCUGGGGGUAGGCCCAAGGUGGUUAAUCAUUGUCAGCCUGGGUCUGUCUAGGAAGUGAGACUCCUGUCUGGCUUCUUGUUGACCCAGUUAGGGGCUGUCUGGGGACUGGGGUUCAAUGCUGCCUGAGAAACCAGCAUACAUUAGAGCUCUGGACUCCGGAUGAAGGCUGAGGAGGUCACAUCCUUCAGUCCAGUCCUCUGGUCUGCCACCAUCUCCUGACUGCAAACAAAUGCUGUGUGACCCCUCCCUCCUACCAGAGUACUUUGGGGUGGUAGACCCUCCUGGAGAUGCACACCAGGUAGCCCUGCCUUCCACUCUAUGCCAGGCCCCCUAGGUUACUGAGUUCACUGAUUUGGCCUGAGGUAAAACGCUUGAAAUUAAUAAUUAUUCUGAAUUGACACUCCAGUAGCUUUCCUGGGAUUCUGGCUGCUAGGUCUCAUAGGAACUGGCCAUAGGUCAACCAGCCUG